UGAAAAGUACUAGAAAAGAGAAGAAAGAGUGUUAAUUCUGAAAUGCAGCAAAAGACCAGAGUCUAUGUCUAUGGGAUAAUGUUGUUGGGAAGAGUCAAACACACACUCAUUCCCUGCAGUGAUAUUGAACUUCUUUCACUACGGCGAAUACUGUAGCAAACUCUCAGACUGAGAAAAAGUAUACCAGCAUUCUCAUAAAAUCUGCACAGGAACAACUUAAAUUGAGUGAAACAAAAGUAUUUCACACCCAAUCCAAAGAUUAAUUCUCACUUCUGCUGCCAUGAAUAAACUACAAAAUGAUGAGAAGAACUUGCACAUUUUAUCAGGAGUAGAUUUGAGCAAAUCUAUAGCCAAUAGGAGUCUUCUGUGGGCCCAACAAUGUUUUUAUACCAAAAUGAAAAUGAAUAGGCUACUAUACAAUACUACAUUAUAUUAUGCUAUGCUAUAGGAAAACAGGUAUUGUGCAUGUAUCCUUAAAAACCUUUUUGCCUAUCUUCCACUGAUCUUUGCCAUUUCUUAAAUCUGAAAACAUGAAAAUAUGUACAAUUUCUUGAACUGGAUUUAUAGUGAGCUAAAACGUUGUGUAGCCCAACAGUAGUACGGCAGUGGGGAAGAGGAAAGCCAGCAAGGGCUCAAUAAUGUCCUAACACUGUACAAAAGAGCAAUAGCAAAAGUUAGCUAACGUUGGCCAACAUAAGAUAACCUUACCUAAUUGAACUUUUUAUUUAGAGGAAGAUUUUGUUGUUGCCUACUUUACUUCUUUCAAAAUUUAGCCUACAUAGUCUUAUUCUAAGAAAGUCAUUGUAUGUUGCAUUCCAGUAUUAGCAGUAGUUUUCCUAUAAGCAGUAGGCUAAAUAAAAAAGCAUGCUUAAUUUUUGACUACUUUUUGUCACACCUGAGUGGGACUUGAGCACAAAGGGGCGUUUGAGCAAACAACCAGAGAGGUUCUCGGGAUGAAGAGACCCUCGGGCUACUUGAGUGCCCCUCUGGUGUGACAUUAAUAUAAAACAUGGAGAUCUCAUUAUGGCACACACAUAGCAUUUUUGUUAAGGUGUCAGCCCUCAUGCCUUACCCGCCCCUCGAUCGGCACUGCACAUAAUGAAAGUCCUGAGCUCUGUCUGAGACUCAACUUAGUUCACAACCGUUUCAAACAAGCUUAUGCAGUAUGUCACGUGGGCUUUAAUGAUUACCAAGAGCCUCGCGCACACUGACAUGAAGAGUCAUAUUGCAAACUGAGAUUUAGCUACAAGGUCGUGUAUGAACCGGCUCUGUCAGGGAUCGUUUUGAACCAUGGGCGACCAUAUACUGUAUUUUACGCAUGCGGCUCCCUUGGACAGAGGACUGGUGGAUGUAUGUCCUCAUACCUGGCAACAAGUGCGUUAAUGGAUAUUUGGCAAACACUCUUUACAAGUGUGACAGUGAGCUAACCCGCGAGAAGCUGAGAGCUGCUUACCGGAGGAUGGAGACACGGAGCCGCCUGUUUGAGGCUUCCCGGCUCCGCUGCCGUAUCACGGGCAGCAUUGAACACGUCUGACAUCUCCGCCUCAUGAAGCAUGUUAACACAGACGGCUCACCGGAUUCAGCGGAGCUCGGCGGGAGUGCACCGUGGCUCCGUUAUUUAGUCAUUUGUUGAAGGCUGGACGGCACCCAUCCAUCCAGACACCACACAAGGGAUGUGGGGACCCCAGAAAACAGGGCUCUUUGACAUUCUUUCAUUGCCGCUGGUCGUAGCAGUGAUGUGCUGUGCCCAGAGCGUCAAUGAACCGGGGAACAUGUCUUUCGUCAAAGAGACUGUGGAUAAACUGUUGAAAGGUUAUGAUAUUCGUCUUCGGCCAGACUUUGGAGGUGCACCGGUUGCUGUUGGCAUGAGCAUAGACGUGGCAAGUAUAGACAUGGUGUCAGAAGUCAAUAUGGACUACACGUUGACGAUGUACUUCCAGCAGUAUUGGAGAGAUAAGAGACUGGCCUAUGCAGGGAUCCCUCUCAACCUGACACUGGACAACAGAGUCGCAGACCAGCUCUGGGUCCCAGACACCUACUUCCUCAACGACAAGAAGUCCUUUGUUCACGGCGUCACUGUUAAGAACCGUAUGAUUCGGCUACACCCGGACGGCACUGUUCUCUACGGCCUCAGAAUCACCACGACUGCAGCCUGCAUGAUGGAUCUGAGGAGAUACCCGCUGGACGAACAGAAUUGCACUCUGGAAAUUGAGAGUUAUGGUUACACAACAGAUGAUAUAGAGUUCUAUUGGAAAGGAGGAGACACUGCUGUGACCGGGGUGACACGCAUCGAGCUCCCUCAGUUCUCCAUUGUCGACUACAAACUGGUUUCCAGGAACGUGGUCUUUUCCACAGGUGCCUACCCUCGACUGUCUCUGAGCUUCAAGCUGAAGCGAAACAUCGGAUACUUCAUCCUGCAGACGUACAUGCCCUCCAUCCUCAUCACCAUCCUAUCCUGGGUGUCGUUCUGGAUAAAUUAUGACGCCUCGGCUGCCAGAGUUGCAUUAGGGAUCACCACUGUCCUGACCAUGACAACCAUCAACACGCAUUUAAGAGAGACUCUGCCCAAGAUCCCCUACGUCAAAGCUAUAGACAUGUACCUGAUGGGCUGCUUUGUGUUUGUCUUCCUGGCUCUGCUGGAGUACGCCUUCGUCAACUACAUCUUCUUUGGAAGAGGACCUCAGAUGCAGAAGAAGAUGGCUGAGAAGGCACAGAAGGCAAAUAAUGAGCGGGAUAAAUUUGAUGGACCCAAGUCCCUUCUGGAAGGAGGCAAUUGCAAGUCUUCGUCUGUUAAACUAUCCAAUCAGGUACAAGGACGCCGUCACUCACAGAGGGUCGACUCCCGGGGGAACAUUUUGCUGACAACCUUGGAGAUCCGCAACGAGGUGGGAGGGAAUGAGAUCACAACCACGGUGAGCGAGACCCACAACUCCUCCUCCACGGCGUUGGACAACUCGGGGGUCCAGUACAGGAAGCCGAGCGGGCCGCGAGAGUCGGGCCGCCUCAGCACGGACAGGAACACGCACGGAAAGAGAAGCCGUCUGCGGAGGCGAUCCUCACAGCUCAAAAUCAAAAUCCCAGACCUCACCGAUGUGAACACCAUCGACAGAUGGUCACGGAUAAUAUUCCCCUUCAGCUUCUGCCUCUUCAACGUAAUCUACUGGCUUUACUAUGUCAAUUAAUGCACUGAUGUUUUUUAAACCACUGUCUGUCUCUGUCAUUUCUGACUUCUUUAUGUGAAGAACAUAAAAAGGAGAAAACCUUUUUUUUUUUAUCACAGCGUGCAGACUCCGAGAGUGUGCACAGUCACAAGGAAUUAUCUACAGAACUUGUAUUUUACAAAGACUUUGAUGAACUGUAAAGUACUCUCUGCUCUGACUCCUGUGAAGAGCUGGGACAUUGGAUCUUGUGGGGUGGGACGCAGACUCUGUGCCGUGUUGUAUAUCAAAAAGUGUAUUUACACUGCUUUUAGGUCAGUUAUUACAAACGCACCCAGAAUUUCAGUACUAAACGUGGUCGUUGUAAUACAACGUAUUGCUAAUGACAAGACAGCUGUAAUAUUACAGUUGUCUUGUCAAUCUGCACAUGGACAAAUAACGCUCAUGUAAACACAGACCACACUCUGAGUUUAUGAUCCGAAAUGAUUUGUAAUGAAACCAGACUUACAGGAAUUGUUCAAUGUUUUGGGAAAUCCUCUUAUUCCCUUUUGUUGCCGAGAGUGAGAUGAGAAGAUUGAUACCACUCUUCUGUACGUACGCUAAAUAGGAAGCUAUUGCCAGCAGCUAGUUAGCUUAGCAUGAAGACUGGAAGCAGGGGGAAACAGCUAAACAUAUUUCCUAAAAUCUCAAACUAUUUCUUUAAUUAGCCUCAGAGUUGAUGCCACCGACUGUUCACUGGUUGUUUUGAAGUGAAACUGCUGUGACCUCACUCCUAGGAUUAACAGAGGGUUCAUACUGUUUUAAAGAUAAUUUAUAUAAUAAUAACUUUGAUUUCAAAGCCCAAUUUUAUUAACAAGAGAGCGGCUGAUGGAAUCCAUACCAGCAUUUUAUAAAAUUGUCAUUAUCUCAUUCACUGCCAUUAUUGACAUAUUUUGGCAUUUUAGGAAGCUUUAAUUUGCUUUCCUGCUGAGAUUUUAGAUCAGAAGAUCAGUACCACUAUAGUACAGUUAGCUUAGCAUAAAGACUGGAAACGGGGAAAGAGUGAAAGUCAAAGAUGAAUUAUCCGCCUAUCACAUCUAAAGCUCACAAAUAAACGUUUAAUCCUAUUUGUUUACAGUGAACAUAAAUGUUCCUAUUUCUCUUCACACAUUGAUUUCCACAACAUUUCUGUAUGUGUACAGAUUAAACAAACCAGACUUUACAUACUCAUUAGUGAGCUUUUUGGUGCUGGUAGGGGAAUUCUGAUAGCUUUGCACAGAGCCAGGCUAGCCGUUUUCCUUUGUUUACAGUCUUUAUGCUAAGCUAGGCUAACCGGCUGCUGGUUGUAGCUUCAUAUGUACAGUCAUCCAGACAUGAGAGUAUCAAUCUUCUCAUAUCGCUCGACAAGAACGUGAAUGAGAGUAUUUCCCAAAAUUUGGAACCAUUUCUUUAACAUUUACAAUUACCCCUUUGCUAUUGAUUUUCACUUUUCCAAAAAAAUGCCAUGUAGCCAACAACAAGUGGGUAUGUGUGACAAAAAAAAAAAAGUUUCCCAGGCUUUUACAGAGAACAUGUACAAUAUCUGAUCCGUUUACACUAUUUCACUCUUUUGUCACUAUGCUUUCAGGACUGCUGUCACACUUGUUUAUUGGUUUUGUGAAACACUUAUUCAAUACAGCAUAAUUCACAUGGCGACUUGCUUUUUUUCUUUACAUGCAUGUUAUACUGAGGACCGAAUGCAGACUCAUUUUUGCAGACAUCUUAUGUCAAAUUUCGAAAAAACCUUCACACCCAGAUUUGUCAAACAUUUAAUGUACAUGCUGUAACUGCACAUUUUCUUCACUUGACAUUAAUGACAUGCCUCUGUUGUCAGCAGUGUUUUGCUCAGUGAUUUCUGGCCUCGCUGUUUUGUUUUGUUAGUCUUUACACAACAUUAUCGAUCCCAUUUGUGUUGUAAAUAUAAAACGUAAUAUCACAACUUG